UCACCCAGGGACUACUUUGUUCACCCAGGGACUACUUUGUUCACCCAGGGACUACUUUGUUCACCCAGGGACUACUUUUUUCACUCAGGGGGACUACUUUCUCCCCCCUCCCCCACUCGUGUUCAGUUCCAGAAGAUGGGGAGGGAUAUGGGAGCUGUGAGGAGCCGCCUCAUGGAGAUCGCUAAUCACGUGGACCGUCUGUACCGUCAGCUGCGAGUGCGCGUGCUGCUGGUGGGACUGGAGGUUUGGACGCAGGGCGACCGCUGCCACGUGUCCGUGGACCCGUCGCAGACUCUGGCCCAGUUCUCAGAGUGGAGGGCGAGGGAUCUGGGACCCCGUCUGGGGCACAACAACGCGCAGCUCCUCACUGGAGUGGAUUUCUCAGGAGACACGGUGGGACUUGCCUACGUGGGAACAAUGUGUGGAUCCAAGAGUGCUGGAGUCAAUCAGGACCACUCGGACUCGGCUGUCCCCAUCGCCAGCACCAUGGCCCACGAGAUGGGCCACAACUUCGGGAUGAGCCACGACCACGCCGCCUGCGAGUGCCCCGCGGCCGCCUCCCAGGGGGGCUGCCUCCUGGCGCCCAGCCUCAGCUCCGUGUCUCCCCGGGUCUUCUCGUCGUGCUCCACGGCCUCCCUGAACGACUUCCUGGCCGGGACCCCCCCCAGCGGAGUGGGGGGGGGCCCCUGCCUGGACAGCCCCACGGACUUCUCCAGCAUCGUGGGGGGCCCCCAGUGCGGGAACCUCCUCCUGGAGGCCGGCGAGGAGUGCGACUGUGGGGGGCCGCAGGAGUGUACAGGACACUGCU